ACCGCAGUUUGCUUUCUGUCUUUCUGCCCUGCAUCUUCCUAUUGCAGUCCCACCACUCUCCUUACUUCCCUGAGAGAAAGACAGAGACAGAAGGAAAGAGGGAGGGCGAGGAAGAGAGGGAGAGAGGCAGCGUAGAGGCAUCUGGCUGGGAGAGUGUCCGGCUCGCACUGCGGUUGACCAGAGAGGGAAUGUUACACAGAACACACAUCUGAGUCAGACCGGCAGUUUACAACAAAUUCAGGGACGUAGCCAUGCCUCUCCACUCUGCCCAUUGCUUUGCCUUCAUGGUGCAGCUUUACCUGCUGCAUCACGCCCAAGCAGGGGCAUACUACGGGCACAAACAAGGGCCCCAACAACUGCCCCAGCAACACCAACCACUGCCGCAGUUACCUCACAUGCCCCUAGGCAAGGAAGGAGUACCCCAGCCGCAGUACCUGGGGAAGAAGCCUCAUUUGCCAUAUGGAAACGAGAUGCCUGUGCUACCACACUACGGAAAGGAACAGCAACAGAUCCCUCUACAAAAUUUGGGCAAAGGUGAAACUAUUCCCAGAGGUGAGAAAGGACCCCCAGGAGAGGUAGGCCCUAUGGGACCUCCAGGGCCUCAAGGCCCUCCUGGUCUACCAGGCCAGGGCAUUCCAGGACAGCCUGGGAAACCUGGCCCACCCGGCCCUCAAGGGUAUCCUGGGAUUGGAAAACCUGGCAUGCCAGGACAGCCAGGAAAACCUGGAGCAAUUGGAUUGCCAGGGCCGAAAGGAGAGCUGGGACCAAGUGGUGGUGCAGGACCAGUAGGACUGCCAGGACCUCCAGGCCUUCCAGGACCACAUGGACUACCAGGUCUGGUAAAACCAGGCAGACCAGGGCUACCUGGACAGCCUGGGAUUCGUGGAGAGCCUGGACAAAAGGGGCCUCCAGGUUUUUCUGGGAUUCCAGGACUUAAAGGUGAUAAAGGCAUUGGCCUUCCAGGAUUACCAGGUGUAAAAGGACCACCUGGACCCCCUGGACCACCAGGUCCAGGAGGGUUACCAGGAGUGGGGAAGCCAGGACUAAAUGGGCUUCCUGGGGUCCCUGGGGCCCCUGGUAAACAAGGCCCACCUGGAGAGCCAGGGUUGGGAGGACUUCCUGGUGACGAGGGACAACCUGGGCCACCAGGACUACCAGGUAUUGGCAAACCUGGUUUAGAUGGAUUGCCAGGAAAACCUGGUCUUCCAGGUGGAAAAGGAGAACCAGGUCCACCUGGCUUUCCAGGGGGUCCAGGUUUACCUGGAUUUGGGAAGCCUGGAUAUCCUGGACCGAAAGGUGACAAAGGACAUGGUGGUUUACCUGGCCCUCCGGGUCCAAAGGGUGAGAAGGGUCAUGGCGGACUUCCUGGAAUUAUUGGCCCACCUGGUCCUGGUGGUAUCCCUGGUCCACCGGGUCUAAUGGGACCCCCAGGAGGUAUUGGCUUUCCUGGACCAAAAGGAGAAGGUGGUGCAGUUGGGCCACAAGGGCCUAUAGGCAGAAAAGGUGAACCAGGACCUCCAGGACUUCCAGGAAAACCAGGACUCCUAGGAGAAAGUGGUCAACCAGGACCAAGAGGCUUUCCUGGGCCAUUAGGGCCUCAGGGGGAGAAUGGACAUAAAGGUUUACCUGGACUCCCUGGGGCCCCAGGGAAGCCUGGACAAAAGGGUGAAAUUGGUCUGCCAGGGGAAGGAGGUCAUCAAGGGCCAAUAGGAAUUCCUGGACUAAUGGGUCCCAGUGGGCCAAUUGGGCCUCCUGGUCUUCCAGGACCAAAAGGGGAAUAUGGACCACCAGGGAAACCUGGACCACCUGGUGAAGGAAAACCAGGCCUCCCAGGCCCUAUGGGCCCACCAGGGAAAGCAGGGCUUGGUGGACUCCCUGGUAAACCUGGAAUGCCUGGCCAACCCGGCCCUCCUGGUCCACCUGGGCCACCUGGUCAGCCUCCUGGUGUUGGUCAAAUUCUUCCUGAGGUGGGUCCAGGUCUGGAUGGGGCAAAAUCAGCCUACAAAAAAAGCAAGCCUGGAGGACACAUCUUUGGCAGGAAUGGUCUUGAGAUGCCUGCAUUUACUGCUCAGCUAACAACACCAUUCCCUCCUGUUGGCAGUCCAGUAGUCUUCAACAAGGUCUUGUACAAUGGCAACCAGAACUACAACCCUCAAACAGGCAUUUUCACCUGCAGCAUACCUGGAAUUUAUUAUUUUGUAUACCAUGUCCACUGCAAAGGAGCCAACGUGUGGGUGGCUCUGCAGAAGAACAACGAGCCAGUAAUGUACACAUAUGAUGAGUACAAAAAAGGUUUCCUGGAUCAAGCAUCAGGGAGCGCAGUACUGCCCCUAAAGUCUGGAGACACUGUUCACAUUCAGUUACCAUCAGACCAAGCUGCAGGACUUUAUGCUGGUCAAUAUGUCCACUCAUCAUUCUCUGGAUAUUUAUUGUAUCCGAUGUAAACUGCCCAUGAGUCACAAGUCAUUGGUGGAAAGAACAGCAACUUUCAUAUAUAUAUUUAUAUAUAAACUGCAUGUGCGUGCCAUCAGUACUCAGAAAUCGAAAGAAG